AAACAGUUCGAUUUCUCCAAUGCUUCUCUCUAUUGUCAAAAACAAACACAUCUUUAUAAUAAUAAUAAGGAAUAUAGACCCACAACCACAAACUCAACGAAAUAACCUCUUCUCCUUUUGCCAUAAUCCGACCACCUUAAAUGUUGCUGAAGAAAUAAUCAGAUAUUCAAAACGCCAACCAACCAAAUGGCUUCUAUGCUCAUGCGUUUGCAUUCUCACCCACUCUUCUUCUCUACCUCUAGAAGUGCAAGUGAAGUGCUGGGGAGAAUUAUGACAGGUUUUCCUCAAUCAAGUCACAGUAAUUGGAAAUCUCUAAGUAGAGGAAGAAGAGUCAUUUUGUUUCAGGGCUCUAUAAAGUCUGUUAAAACUUCAUGCCGGAUCUCAUUUCCUGGGACCUCAUCAGGGAGAGGAGAAAGAGCACCUUCAAACUUUUUGAGGGACAAGAAGUUGGUUCCUGAUUCAGAUCCUCCUAGCACUAGUGAUAUCAACCUUUUAUAUCAAUUCUUUGAUCAAAGUAACAAGCUCAUGGUAUUAACGGGGGCUGGAAUCAGUACAGAAUGUGGAAUUCCUGAUUAUAGAAGCCCCAAUGGUGCUUAUAGUUCUGGUUUCAAACCAAUUACUCAUCAGGAGUUUCUCCGAUCAAGUCGGGCCCGCAGGCGGUAUUGGGCAAGGAGUUAUGCUGGAUGGAGACGAUUUACUGCAGCACAGCCUGGUGCAGCUCAUAUUGCUUUAGCAUCUCUAGAGAAAGCUGGCCGGAUAAAAUUUAUGAUUACACAAAACGUUGACAGGCUGCAUCAUCGUGCUGGUAGCAACCCACUUGAACUACAUGGGACUGUGUAUACUGUAGUUUGUCUAGAUUGUGGAUUUUCUUUUUGUCGGAAUUAUUUUCAAGAUCAAGUGAAGGAGCUCAAUCCAAAGUGGGCGGCAGCAAUUGAAAGUUUUGAUUAUGGAAACCCUGGUUCGGACAAGAGUUUUGGCAUGAAGCAAAGACCUGAUGGUGAUAUUGAAAUUGACGAAAAGUUUUGGGAAGAGGAUUUUCAUAUCCCUACUUGCCAAAAAUGCAAUGGUGUCCUCAAACCUGAUGUUAUUUUCUUUGGUGAUAAUGUUCCCAAGGAUAGAGCUGAUAAGGCAAUGGAAGCUGCAAAAGGAUGUGACGCAUUUCUUGUGUUAGGAUCAUCUAUGAUGACCAUGUCUGCUUUCCGGCUUCUCAGAGCUGCUCGUGAGGCAGGUGCAGCUACUGCAAUUGUGAACGUGGGUGUAACCCGGGCUGAUGAUAUUGUGCCCUUGAAGAUCAAUGCCCGAUUAGGAGAGAUCUUGCCAAGAGUGCUUGACAUGGGAUCUCUCAGUAUCCCUGCUCUCCUUUGAUUAUACUUGGAAUGACGCACCUUUGAAUCAUAAAUAUAAUUUUCGUCUAAUGGUGAUUUCGAUGGUUGUUGGGCACCACAUGGACUUGGAGUGGUUUCAGCAAAUUACUAAUAUUAAUUGCAAUUUUUAAGUUAUUCUUUUAUCAUUCUCAACACAGAUGACCUCUAUUUGAAGGAUGGUUAUCUGACUUAAUGAGCCAUUUAAAUGGGAUAAUGUUUUCAUUUCCUUGGCAUUCAGAAAUGAUGCAGGACACAGCCACCCUCCCAUGAAUUUACAAGUUCAGUUAACAGAGAUGAGCCUUGAGAUUUUAAAGGCUACAUCAAGAUACUGGGAAUUACAGGUUUAUUAACACCUCUUUUGGUCAAAAUAUAUUGCCUACAGCCUGAAAAUUUAUACAAUUCUUGGGUAAAGAAAGGAAGAAAGUAUUGAUAAUUGAUCUGUAAGCCUCUUAUGUCUUAAGGUUGGUCUAGGGUGGAGAAGAUUGAAGUGAAAAGUUUUUUGUAAUGAGAGCAUUGAAAAGCAUCUCUAUCUCUGCUUUAGAACAUUUAAAAAAAUAAUAUUUGUUAGUUUGCUGGUUUAGAUUUUUAUUGGGACGAGGAAGAUUUGUUAAAAAAAAUCAGAAUUCUUGGUCAUGUCA